CCACCCCCGGGCAGGCAGGGCAGCGCGGCGGGGCGAGCGGCGAGCAUGCAGCGCCAGCCGGAGCCCGCGGGCCCGGCCGAGCCGCGCUUCCGGGCGCUGGUGGAGGCGGCGGGCGGCCGCGGGCAGGUGCUGCUGGUGGGCGAGCUGUGGGAGCGAGAGCCGAGCCGCGCGCUGCUGCGGGACUUCGCGCGCGCCGUGUUCCCGCCCGACACCGCCGCGGGGAAGCCGGGGGCCGGGGCUGCCGCGGGCGCAGGGCCCGGGGCGCGGGGCACGGGGCGCGACAUCCGCGCGCCGCUGGUCUUCGUGCUGUGCCGCGCCGCGUCCCUGGCCGCGCGCGAGCCGCGGCGCCGCCUGCGGGAGAUGCUGCGCGACGUGCGCGGGCGGCUGCGGGCCGGCGCGGCACUGGUCGGGGUGCUGGUGGCCGAGGCGGGUCCGGAGGACGCUGCGGCGCCCGGGCUGCGGCUGCUGGAGGCGCUGCUGCGCACAGUGUUCGGCCGCCGCGCGGGGGCUGAGGUGCAGGCGGCCACCUACUGCCCCGGCCGCCCGGCCUCCUGCCUGGCCGUCCAGGCUGCCGCCUGCAGGGCCCUGCAAGCCGCGGGACACGGGCGACCAGCAGAAGGAGCCUGGGAGAGACAGCAGCUCCCAGGGCUGCUGAGCUGCUUUGCCUGGGGUCCCUGGGGCCACAGGAAGGAGCGAGAUGCCACCUUCUCCAGAGGGUCAUCUCAGGAGACACCACAGGACUCCGAGGAUGAGCUGGCCCUGACUGCCAUCUUCCCUAAUGGAGACUGCGAAGACUGUAACAUUGGGUUCAGAGCUCAGGACAGGGCUGCCCGCCUGUCUCCUGAGCUCCCUGGACACUCGAGAUGAAGCUGGACCUGGGGCUGUCGCUGCUCUGUCCUACAGACUGGGCGUCAUCUCUGUGUUGAUCUCGCCUGGUAGCAACUACGAAGACCCAUCCACUAGGGGGCUGCCACAGUCCUAGUUGCCCGUGGGACCACAGGACUUGCCAGGACCAGCAGGACCUGGGAAAACCUCUGCGGGCCCUGCUCCUCACUUAGUAACUGCCCCCUUGUCACUAUGGAUAAUGAAGUCAUUUGGUCUCUCUGUGCCUCAGUUUCUCUAAGCUGUUGAGCUGUGGCAUCUUAGGGUAUAGGGGCACAUGCACAAGAGUACGAACUGGCAAGAACUCUGGACCCUACCCCUGGGGAGUGACCCUGGCAUGGUCUUUGGAGCUUGUUUCCCAGUGCCCGAGGUGCAGUGCCAGCCAGUAGCUUUCCCCCAGAGGCCAGACCGCCCCUCUGGGCAGCAUUGGAAACUUGUGUCUCAGUGUGGCUUAUCGGGCAUCAGUGUGACUGUGGGGCAUCUGUGGCAUUUAGUGGGCAUCUCACAACGUGCAGGACAUACUCUCAGACAGCAAAGACUUAGUUCCGUCAAAAUUCCAGUUGCGCAACCUGUGAGAAACUGCGGAGGAACCGAUUACCUUGUGUGAAAGUCUAGGAAGCCGCCCCCAGAAAGCUUCAGGCUUCCUGGGACAUUGGCUCCCAGAAGAGGCUGGAAGAAAGCAUGCACUGUGGUGCGGUGGGGGGCAGCUUGGGCCACAGCCCAGAUGCCCAUGUGUUGCAGGACAGCAGAAAUAGCAACUCCUGCCUGCAAGAAGAAAGCGCCCCUCUCUCUCAUGCUGACUCAGGGUGUGCCAGGCCCUUUGAGAUGCUGGGAGCUGCACCAGCUGCAAGUGAAGCUCGGGGCCUGGGAUUCAAGCCGGGGACUGCUCUAGGAGUCAGGUCUGAACCCAGGGUCGGAGCAGAUGCAGUCCAGUGGGGCUGGAUCCUGUUGCCUAUGAGUUUGAGUUAGAUGGGGGACUGUGUUCCUUGCAGAGCUGGCAGGGCUAUUUUGCACUCACAGGGGCUGUCGCCUCUGCAUCUCUUGUGCACCCUGCUUACCCUGGAGAAGGCCAUCCGGGGACAGCACGGGCAGCUCUGAAUUUCCCCCAGCAUGAACCAUGCUCAGGAGCAGUAGCUAAACGCAUGCAGUCCUGCGCUCCGCACUCUGCGCAUGCUGGCCACGCCCAGUACCACGCCCUCUGUGAUGCGGCCACUGGGAGAACAGGAAACCUCAGCCACCCAAGGGGCUCUGAGAUUCUAAAGAAGGCCCCUCCCUGCUCGGUGCCUCAGUUUGUCCUCUGUACCAGAGCGCCCAGUCCUGUCCCUCUGUGGUGCCACGGAAGGAGUGCGAAGGUGACCAAGCAACGUCUUCCUUUGGGUUAGAUCCAAACAGUGCGGAGCCAUCGGAGCCAUCGCCCCGGUAGCGGGACCCAGUUGGCUUUCUUCACGCAAAGAUGAACUCAAGGAAUUCCGACUCACAAAGUUUACUGAUUUUGUUUUUAAGUGGGGAGACUUCGUAUCGUGGAAGCUGCUAUCUUUUUUUCUAUUUCUCUGUCGAUUUCUUUGUAAUCAUCUGGUUGGAGUUUUAUUACUGAGUAGGCGUGAGAAGGUUUUUUAAGUUAGGAAUUUGUCUAAGGUCCAAGUUAAAAGGUUUAACAAA